AUGCCAAGGCAUGGCCUGCUAGCAGCCGCUCUGUUGCUGCUCCUCGGACGUUUGACGGAGGCCACAAAUGUGAACCCACUCGUGCUGCUUGUAUCGUUCGAUGGCUUUCGGCACGACCUACUCAACGAAACCACGGUCCCGAAUAUCUACAAGUGGGCGAAAGAAGCCGUAUGGUUCGUCAACGGGUCACAGAGUCAGUAUGUCACCUUUACGGCACCGAAUCACAUGAGUAUCGCCACUGGGCUGUAUGAGGAAAACCAUGGAAUUGUGUCGAAUUUCUUCUUCGACCACAAGGAUGACAAACAAUUUGACUAUUUCAACUACACGGGUAGGAGAAGCGACAAAGAGAUGGAUUCGAGCUGGUAUCUUGGGGAACCCAUCUGGCUAACCAACGAAAAAGCCGGUGAUAGCCGUAAAUCCGCCGUUCUUGACUGGCCGAUGGUAGAAGCUAAUUUUCCAAUGGCGCCGCAUCAUCCGAAAUGGUUUAGAGCGUGGAAACAUCGCGGGAAUCUGACGACGUGGAUCGAGGAUAUUGACACCAUGCUCGAGCAGUUUCUCGAUUACGGCGUCAACUUUGGAGCUUUUUAUUUGGCCGAGCCGGACUCGGUGCUUCAUGAAAACGGCUUCUACAAUGGUGAAUUCAAUAAAACGAUCCAACAAGUUGAUAAAGCGUUCGACUACUUGAUCUAUCGAGCAAAAGCGCUCAACUUGGAGGAUCGGCUGAAUAUUAUAUUGACGGCCGAUCACGGACAUGCUCAGAUCCAAGGCUAUAAAUCGGUGUUUUGUAUUCGCGACUAUGUUCUGGGCACUGGCUUCGAGAUGGGUGACCAUAUGAUUUAUCCAACGGAUGAUGACCAUGCAAACGAAGUCUUCAAGAAUCUUACGCGCGCCAAAGAGGAGGGCUACAAGAUUGAAGUGCUUUGGAAGAAGGAUUUGUCGCCGGAUCUGCACUACAAAAAUUCGAGCAGGGUCGGCCAGAUUAUCAUCAAUCCAACGAUCGGAUCCGGUCUCUCAUUCUCAUGCAGUCAAAAGGAGUAUGAGAAGGAAUACGGGCCAAAUGGUACAAAGACGUUCCACUCGUCAACACACGGGAUGGACCCCAAGCGCCCGGAAAUGAGGGCGCUGCUGGCGAUGCGUGGGCCUGCUUUCGAGUCGAGGAAAAUGAUUACUGAAAUCCCCACAAAUAUCGAUAUCUACCCUCUGAUUUGCAGCAUAUUAAAGAUUACGCCGGCUCCCAACAACGGUUCUCUGGCUAUUAUCAAGAAAGCGCUGAAGAGCCAAGCAAACGCAGCCGAAGCUACGACCUCUGGAACGGACCGGCCACUAUUCCCGUCCGACGGUCCCAUCGGACACUCAAUGUUUUAUAUUGGGUUUACGGACUCGCUUGGCUUCCUGGUAAUAUUGGUGCCAUCUUUAUGCAUCGUUCUGCUCAUCUUCGGGUUGAUGUGCCGGAACACGGUACUGAAGAACGACCCGAAUUGGACACGACCCGAGGCGACGCGCGGCUACCGGCCGCUGUCCUUUGGCAAUGCGGAAGAGGAUGAGGAAGAGGAUUUUCAAGUCUUGUUCUCGCGAAGAAACAACCCUUCUGGGGAGCUCAAUGUGACGAGCAGCAAGAAGAACAAGGACAAGGAAGACACAAAUGUCCUCCUCGACGUCGGGUCCAGCAGCGACGAGGACGUUAUA